CCAAACUGGCCUACUAGCCAGUGCGGCGGCGGAGCCCCUCCCGGAGGAGCUCUGGAGCCGCCGAGGGGGUCGGCGGUGGCGGAGGAACUCGCGCUCGCGCACAUCCUGCUUCGCGCGGUGAAGGAGCCUGGCGCCGCCGAUGGGAGCCAGGGGCGGGAGGGAGACCGGCACCCUCGCGGCGCGGUACCGCCGCUGCCUAGUCGGUAGCACCAGCCACCCAGCGCCACGCCGGUGAGCUCCCACUCUUGGCUUUCUGUAUGGUAUCUGGUGGCUAGCUCACUGGAGGUGGCAGCAUCAGUGCUAAGCGUAUUUCUCGGUGGCUUGAUUUUGGACGGGCAGGACAUCAGAAAGUGACAAAUGAGGGUGUGCUCUUGCAGAUCUUUUGUGUUCCAUACAGUCCGAAGUCUUUUAUACAUGUUAAUAUUGACGUAAAGACACAGUGUUCCAGAAAACUUCUGUAGUAUGAGAUACCCAACAUUAUUGCCUUUAGCAUCUGCAUUAUAUAUUGCAACUGACUAUGCUUUUCCUUGUCUUGUAGUAGCUUUAUUCCCACCUUGUUGCGAGAUAGAUCUGCGUAUGAAUUUAUCAAUGUCCCCUCUUCCCCUUCUUCUCUCUAUUACCAACUUAUCCUAUCUUCUCUGUCAUUUAGGAGUCGUGUCUAUAGCAAGGAUAGCAUGGUAAUUUUCUCUAUCAUUUAUAGCAAGUAUACAAUGGUAGUUUUCUCUUGUUUUUCACCUUGUUAAUCCUUGUGGCCAUGUUAGGCAAGAAUGCAGGCAAGACAGAAACAGCCAGAUGCAUCCAUGUAAUUGCACAUGUGGAUUUUCCUUAAGCUUUUCUAUGGAUGAACACCGAUCGGUACACAGACCUUUUGUUCUGUUUUUCUUUCUUUUCCCGGUUUAGUUUUAUCACUUUUCGUUGAAUGGAUCUUAUGUCUCCUGCAGACUAACUUAAGAUAAGCAUUGAACCAUGCCUGUAACUUAAGAUUGACUAGAUAGAUCUAAGGCUCCAAAGCAUAAAGUGAUGGGUUGAGAUAAGCUUAAUUAUGGAUAGCCUGGAACAAUCAUAUGACUUACGCGUAGAUGUCUACAACUUCACACUGAAGAGGCAUUAGCAUAAUGGUUCACCAAGGAGUUCUUGUGACAACCAAUUUUCUGCGUAUCCGAAAUUGGAACUAUUGUUAUAUUUUUCACAUUCUACAGAGCUCAUACGACAGCUUUGCUCUGUGCAGGUAGGCAUAAUUAGAAACUAAGAAGAUUAAUCAGAAUUAGUACAGACUGCAGAGGCAGUAUGUUUGGCCAAGAAUUUCAGUGACAACUAUUUGUUCAAAUUGAAAUAAAAAGAGACUAGCUAGGGGAUCCAAGUGAUUUUGUAUUAAGAAGGAAAUAAUCACCCAAUUUUUUUGUGAAAUGGACCCAAAUUUGGGUGGUGAAUAGUCAACAUAUAUUGUGCACACCUGCACCUCCGGCUAACUGAGCAAAUCUUGAUUCCUGGAAAUCAUUGGUUCCUCCACCAUGAUAUUUGCUUCUCAUCAAAGCAACCACAGUCGUUAAGUCCAUAUUCUUUUUUUUAAUGAAACAGGAGGGUUUGCCCCCUACUGGUUAUAUAUUAAUUUUUGGAAAAAGAGGUGAAGAUACAAAUAAAAGAAGCACAAAAAUAAAAACAGAGAGUCGACAUAUCUAAUUUGCAUGCCGCAGAAGUCAUGCUACUUCUCAUUAUCAACAAAUCCAUAUUUAGAAAAAGGUACUUCCUUCAAAUUAUUUUAAUGGAGUGCCCGGGUUAUGUUUAUCCAUAUUACUUAAUCAGUCCUUUCCAUACUACACUGAUCAACGAGGUCAGGUGUCAGCACGUAGUUGGCUACCAGCUAAGCUUAUGGAUGUUGGCACCAUAUGAAAGAAACAUACAGCUUUGUGGAGGAAGCAACACUCAUAGUUUAUAUAAUGCUUCAUAGAUAACAUGUUUAACUUAACUUUUUGUGCCUAAAUUGCUUUUUGUCGACUAACCACUCAUUCAAGGGGUGCUUUACCCAGUAGGAUUGCUGUUGAUGGCCCAGGCAGUUCUAAUCUGACAAAUCAUCCUCCAAUUUGUGAGAUUGCUAUGGUUCACACUAAGUGGUGGGGAUCAAAACAGAGCAACUAGGAAUAAACAUAGAAUUUUUAGGAGUCAUCUUUAUAUAAAAUGAAGAAGAAUUGCACUGAGUUUAUGGCAUUCCUGACUUAGUUCCUGUGAAGUCAUGAAUCCACUAAUAGAGGUCAAAUAGCUGAUUACAGCCAGAAUUUUCACAGCCACACAUAAUGACCCUAUAGCUGGAUAGAAGCCUACAAUAUUUUACAGCCAACCAGCAUAACCUUAGAGCUGGUUUGAAGCGGAUGAAACUGAUGCAGCUACAGACAGUGUAUUAUCAGGCAGACAAGAGAUGGUGCUGCGUGUGGCCCUCUGAUUCCCAGAGAAACCCACUGAGAUGCAGCCCACUUGCCACAAGCAAAGAAGCUUCCAAUUGCCUUCCAACCUUUACCAAAUGCUUUUUGUCUCAAUUGGCUGGCAGAGAUGAAAGGGGCAAGGGCGAAAGAGGUAGCGUAUCGUACCAAAUAAAAGAAUUCAGUAGCCAUAUUAUUGCAGUCUUUAUGGAGCCUAUAAAUACUUCAGCACAAACCCAGCUUAUGAUUCUACCUGAGGCAGACAAAAGAGAGAGAGCAAACCUACGCAAGAGACAGAGCUACAGAAUUGCACUUGCAGGAUUCUGAAGAAAGCCGGGUUUGUGCCCAAGAAGGACAUGGAGUACCCAAGAAGGACACUACUGCACACUCCAUUCUCUGGGCAUCCCUCUGGCUCGAGCCAUCCAGUUGAUGGAACCGCCGCCACAGAUGGAGGCUCUCCUGGAAGCAACUUCGACGCAAACAUCGUCAUGAUCCUGGCUGUUCUUCUCUGUGCACUGAUCUGCGCGCUCGGGCUCAACUCAAUAGUCCGGUGUGCGCUGCGGUGCUCGAGCCGAGCGGUUGUUGAUCCCGUGCCGAACCCGGUGGCACGUAUGGCUCAGAGCGGGCUGAAGAGGAAGGCCCUCCGAGCCAUGCCGAUCCUGGUCUACUCGACCGGGCUGAAGCUCAAUGCUGCCAACCCGAUGUGUGCGAUCUGUCUCUCCGAUUUUGAGGCUGGAGAGCAUGUCAGGGUCCUCCCCAGGUGCAACCAUGGGUUCCAUGUCAGGUGCAUCGACCGAUGGCUCUUGGCGCGGUCGACGUGCCCGACAUGCCGGCAGUCCUUGUUUGGAUCUCCGCAGAAGGCCUCUGGCUGCUCUGAGUCGAGCUGGGUCGAGCCUGCGCCUGCCCGCUCUGUCCUCGUGCCACUCAGACCUGAAGGUUUGGUCACUCCAUAUGAUUUUUAGUCUCUUCAGUUGCUUCUUUGGUGUUACAUGAAGGACGAGAGGUUGAGAAAAAGUAGAAACAAAAAAUUGUGAUCAUUAGGAUACUGCCAAUCUGGCUUGUACAUUGUUGCUGGAGAAAAAGAAAGAAUUGUACAGAUUUCCUCAGUUUUCUAUUUGUUAUGUUGGUGCCAAUUGUUGAUGGAGAAUGUGCCAUGGAAAAUGCCAGGUUCUCUGGGCCUUUUGUGAAUCACAUUUCCAUGUGAAUUUGCAAAAUGAGACAAAAGAGAGGGACAUGAUUGGCAGGGCUAAUGAUAUGGGCAGUGCCGCACCACCAGUCCAUCGUGGUGAUUGGGGAUCAAGCUUUUUGCAGUUUUGCUGCUAAGGUUCAUGGUUUCAGUGGGGGCAGCAUAUUCUACAGCCAUUAUUGAGAGAUCAGGGGCUGUGCAAUCUGCUGCAAGGCCUUAGUGGCCAUGAAUCAUGUGUGUGUGUGUGCCCCCAGAACUGAGAGAGAGGCUGCCCCACGCCCAACUAAACCUGAUGCACAUUGGCUGGGGUGGCUAUUUCCUUCGUGUGAUGUGCUGCCAACAGGAGACCAGAUUGGCCAGUGAUAGAAGCCCAGGUGACGUGUCCAUCCGCCAUUGCACGAUGCGCAUGUGGUUUUUCGGCUGUUUGCCCUAAAGGCUGAAGCUAGUAGUGCCUCCGGAGAAUCAGCUGUUUCGGCUGUGCUUGUGGUUCUCGUACGAGUUGCUGUGAGAAACAAGAAGAGAAUGUGUUGGCUUGUGCUCGCUGAAAAGGAGGGCUGCCUGGAUGCCCACUCAAGGUAAGAUACGCUAGUCUCUUCAGAGAUGAUAUGGCUUUUUGGCCCGGACAUAAUAUUGCUUCUGUGCUAUUGGGAUAAGGAAAUUCAGUAGUAGUGCUGCUGCCUACUUGAA